AAUAAAAUAGGGCUGGACCCUUCUUUAGUCAUUACCUUACUGGAACUUUUUAGCCUAAUUUAAAUUCAGAAUGAUGCUGGAAAGAUUUAUAAAGGAUUUGGUGUGGUUAUUCAUAACAAUUAAACUUUACUUAUUAGUAAACACUUGAGCAACCCAGGUCCCUGACACCUCCACCCCUUUCCCCCAGCACACACAAGGUGCAAGGCCCAGAGAUAAGGCAGGCCAGGCCUUGCAGAGGAGGGUGUGUACCAGCAGAGAAACAGGAAGCUGUGCGUAGCCUGGCUCGCCUGGAGGUUUCCAACUCUGGUCAGGUGUGCUGAAGUCCCGGCAAGAGACCUGCUCGCUCGCUCUGAGCCCUGGCAGCCAUGCUGCUCAGCAUAAAUACUUCAGACUGUCAGUAACUAAUGUGUAGAGGGAAGUAUGACAGCAUUACAGCUUAAAGAGCUGUCCCACUCAGGUCUCUACCGGAGAAGACGAGAUCGCCCCGAUAGUGUGAGACUAAAUGGGUUACCGGAGGAAGAGCUAAGCAACAUGGCCAAUGCCUUGGCCAAUGCCACAUGUGAGCGCUGCAAGGGGGGCUUUGCGCCUGCCGAGAAGAUAGUGAACAGUAACGGGGAGCUGUACCAUGAGCAGUGCUUCGUGUGUGCCCAGUGUUUCCAGCAGUUCCCAGAGGGGCUCUUCUAUGAGUUUGAAGGAAGGAAGUACUGUGAACAUGACUUUCAGAUGCUCUUUGCUCCUUGCUGUCAUCAGUGUGGUGAAUUCAUCAUUGGCAGAGUUAUCAAAGCCAUGAAUAACAGCUGGCAUCCCGAGUGCUUCCUCUGUGACCUGUGUGAGAAGGUUCUGGCAGACAUCGGGUUUGUCAAGAAUGCUGGGAGACAUCUGUGCCGCCCCUGUCAUAAUCGUGAGAAAGCCAGAGGCCUUGGGAAAUACAUCUGCCAGAAAUGCCACGGCAUCAUCGAUGAGCAACCGCUGAUAUUCAAGAAUGACCCUUACCACCCAGACCAUUUCAACUGUGCCAACUGCGGGAAGGAGCUGACUGCUGAUGCCCGGGAGCUGAAAGGAGAGCUGUACUGCCUGCCAUGCCAUGAUAAAAUGGGGGUGCCAAUCUGUGGCGCUUGUCGACGGCCCAUUGAAGGGCGCGUGGUGAAUGCCAUGGGCAAGCAGUGGCACGUGGAGCAUUUUGUUUGUGCCAAGUGUGAAAAGCCAUUUCUUGGACAUCGACAUUAUGAAAGGAAAGGCCUGGCAUAUUGUGAAACUCAUUAUAACCAGCUCUUUGGUGAUGUUUGUUUUCAUUGCAACCGUGUUAUAGAAGGUGAUGUGGUCUCUGCUCUGAAUAAGGCCUGGUGUGUGAACUGCUUUGCCUGUUCUACCUGCAACACUAAAUUAACACUCAAGGAUAAGUUUGUUGAAAUUGAUCUCAAACCAGUCUGCAAACACUGUUAUGAAAAAAUGCCAGAAGAAUUUAAGAGGCGACUUGCCAAACGGGAGAGAGAAGCAAAGGAUAAGGACAAGCAGAAAAAGAAAAAGCCAGUCUGUUUGUAAACUUUUCUGUCCCUUCUGUCAUCAUUUUCACUGCUUUCUUCUUUGGUUAGUCCUUUAGAAUAUGUUUUGUUCUGAUUUUGUCUCUCGCUUUUUUGUUUCCUUUUGGCAUGUGUUUGUGACUGCCAGAGAUUGAAAUACAAGUAGUUGACCUCUGGAGAGCUGGGCCUUUUGAGUAAUUACUAAGAUUAUAAAGCUUGCAUUAAUAAAUCCCCACGUCCUACCUGCUUUACUUCACUUAUUUUCCUUAAUCUGUAGACUCCCUCAUUUCUUUGUUUAAAUCACAAUCUAGUAUAGAUUUAUUUUUUUUUUAAGUAGAUUCAAAGGGAAGAAUUCCAGUCUCUAGUAGAUAUUGGGCAAGUUUUAAAGUAUUUUUCUCUGAUAAUAGCAGCUUUUGAAAUCCUUGUUUUUGGUUUCUUUGCCUAAAAUGAUUUAAUUGAUAAAUCCCAAGUGUCAUGUUCUAAGCUCUGCGUUACGUUAAAUCCUUUCAGGAUGUUUCAUGUCUAAGCAGAGACUAUCUACUACACAUAAUAAGAGCUCUUUUGGCGGGUGUGUCUGCUUUCAUAGGGCAUCCAUAUGCUACUUUUUAUAAAUUCAUGUUCUUGAUGUUUUUAAAGCUUACUUUAUUCCUGAUUUUUAUGGGAAAUAUUUCAGUCUUUGAAAUUCUGUUGAAUUACUAGUACGGUUGUCCCUUUUCUUCUUCAUGGUUAUCACUGUGUUCUGCACUCUAACAAAAGUUUUUUGUUGUUCCAGUUUUCAUGUUUCCUUCUAUAAAGAGGAAUUAAAAUUCAAAUAUAAAAUUAGAACAAUUGAAGGUUUGUUUAGCAGUAUCUCUGAAAGCAAUGAUAAUUUAUAAAGCAAUGAUAAUUUAUUUCCCUCAUUUAAAAAAAUGACAGUUUUAAUAGCUUUUGUUCUAAAAAGUCUUUGGGAUAUUUGUUCUAAGAAGUCUGUGGGACAAUAUUGUAACUCAGUAGUACUAUUUAAAUCAAACUGUCAAUGGAAAAAUAACACCAUUUGAAUUUCUGUCAGCAUCAAGAUCUCUGUGAAAUAUAGCUAGGGAAUAAUUUCCAUGUGAUGUUUUAAAAUAAAAGAUUUUUCAUUUUAAAUAUAUGAUUAGGAAUUAACUUUGUUAUUAACUGUAUUCUUUAAAAUCAUAGCCCCUGAUUUCAUCAUUUGCCAUUGAUAACAAUGUACCUACCACUAGAUUUGUUCCAGAAAUGUUGCCUAAAUACAAGUUAUGAAAAUGCAUGAGUUAUUAGGUUGUGCAGAUACUCAGUUCACAGUUUAGGACCCUCGAUUCCAACAGUAAUGAGCGAUUGUAAUUAACAAGUAGAGAUGCAUGACAGAUACUUAGGAGGCUGACUAGAAACCUGUGCUCUCCGGAACUGUUCCACAAAUAAACUGAUAAUGUGUAUUGCUCAAGCUUUCAAAACAGAGUUCUCCAUACAGCUAACCAUUCACAAAAUGGAACCACAGGGAAUGUUUCAUGUCUAUUUCUUAAGAGUGAUUAUAAACAUUCUUAUAUCUCCCCUACCAACUUUUCUGUUGGUAAAGGUACCAAAAAACCUUUAUUAUUUCAGAUUUUUUUGAAGAUGAUUUUUGUUGUUUUUGGAGGUAGGAGAUAAGUCAUUUUAUGCAAGGAAAGACAAAACCUAGUAGUUGCCUAAUUUAAAAUAUUAAGUAUGAUGAUAUUACCUUCAACAAAGAGACAGUCAUACAACUUUGGCUUUUAAUAACUGUUCUUUAAAGUGUUCUUGUGAUACUUUAACUGUGUUUUAUUUUACUUACCUAAAUGAUAUUGACUUGAGAUUUCCUGUAUACGUAGCACGGACUAAAAUGUAAUAUAUGUUCUGUAUCACAUAGAGAUACAUAUAAGAUCAAUUUGUAAGGACAGUUUUUUCCCAGUGGUAUUGUAAUUUUUUUUUACAUCUCCACAAUGACAAGAAUUAAGAUUAGAAUUAUAGUUUACUAUGAAAUAUUAAUGUCACCAUAUUGUAUCUUCAUUUACAUCAAUAAAAUUACCUCACAUUAUUUA